AUGUGGAGAGGGCGCGACGGGGAGCGAGACCGCCGCGAAGGAGGGAGCCCGCAGAGGGACGGAGGGCGGAUCGCAGCAUGCAACUGCGUCUCCAUCCGCGUCUGGCUCAAGAAGCGGAAGCGCGAGCGGAAGCGUUACAUCUACGGCAUCGUCCAACUCGACCAACAGCACCGCUUCUACCACCAGCACUACCCCGUCCACCUUCCCCAUCGCCAGCGUACCAUCUACCGGCUAUCUGGCAGGCACGGCAGCUGCUCCUGUUCCUGGAGGCGCAUCCGGUGCUCAGGGAACUGCGGCAUCAGGUCCCAACGACAGUCACAUUGUGAGCGCUGCUCAGAUGCUGGGCGCACCGUUUGCGGCUGUUUCGGCAAGCAUCCUGGCGAUGGGUGUUGGAGUUUGGGUUUUGCUCUGAGCAGUGACCGGUGCGAUGCAUGGCUUGACGUUAUGGGCCGUCUCGCUGACUGUUAG